GGCGCAAGUGCAUUGCGAAGAAUCUCCCAGGCCCAAAAAGUUACUUCUUCAAGAAACGGCCCUACACGGACAUGACUCCUCCCCGGCGUAUAACGGCACAGAAGACCAUACACACCGAGAACCCGCAGAGGAUUUCGGAGCGCCUGACAUUCACAGUACAGAACAGAAACUUUACGUUUAUAGCGCACAAUUCUAGAGCAUAUGAUUCGUACCUUCUUUUGAACCCUCUGAUACAGCAAGGCGUUGCGCCCAGUGUCAUAGCUCAAGGUAGUAAAAUCUUGUGUUUUGUACACCCCGCUUUCAACCAGAGAUACAUUGACAGUUUAAGCUUCUUACCCAUGAGAUUGUCUCAAAUGCCUGAGGCCUUGGGUUUUGAGAACUCUGUGAAAGGUUGGUUUCCCCAUUUUUUUACAUCUGAGGAGAAUUUACACUAUAUAGGAUCUUAUCCGAGACCUGAAAUGUACGGUUGUGAUCAAAUGUCUCCCAAAGAGCGAGAGAGAUUCAUGACAUGGUACGAGACAGUAUGUCACAGCACUUUUGAUUUCCACAAAGAGAUGGAGUCAUACUGUGACAACGACGUGGUUAUCCUUCGCGAGGGGUGCCUCAGAUUCAGAGCAGAGGUCAUCAAAGAUGCAGGCAUUGACCCCUGGAGUUGUACAACUAUUGCAUCGGCAUGCAUGAAAACCUAUCGUACACACUUUCUACCUCUAGCAUCUAUAGCUAUCCCUCGCCUGACAACUACCGAUGCCAAUUUAAGUCAUACUCUAGUGGCUCCAUUCAGUGGUUGGAGUACUUGGCCCAGGAUAAAGACAUUUUUAUUCAACAUGCUUUGAAUAGGGGUGAGAAGGCGUUUGGGCCUUAUCAUGUAGAUGGAUACACACAGAUUGACGGUGUUGAGACCGUGUUUGAGUACAACGGUUGUUUCUUCCACGGUUGUAAAUCUUGCUUUGAGCCACAGGCCCUGUGUGUCCUAACCCAAAAGACUUUUGGUGAAAUGUACCUAGAGUUUCAAGACAAAUGUGAAUCUUUACAGGCUACUUAUGGUUUGAAAGGGAAUGUGAUGUGGGAGCAUGAGUGGACCGCACUCAAAAAGUCUGAUCCUCAUGUUCGAGCUUUCCUUUCCAGCUUUGACCCACCAGAACCCUUGGAGCCACGACAGGCCCUGUAUGGAGGCCGUACCAAUGCUUUGACCUUGCGGUAUGUAGCACAACCAGACGAGACAAUAGGUUAUGUAGAUUUUACAUCUCUUUAUCCUCAUGUAAUGAGUUCCUCAUGCUAUCCUAUGGGGCAUCCUGAAAUUAUUCACCGCAACUUUGACUUACCCCAAAACUAUUUUGGUCUGAUUAAAGCAACGGUCUACCCACCUAGGGGUUUGUUUAUACCAGUGUUGCCUUACAAGGGACCUCAAGGAAACAUUUUCUUUCCCCUAUGUCGCACCUGCAGUGAAAACAACAACCAGGAAAAGCCUUGUGAUCACUCAGAUCAGGAAAGAGCCCUUACAGCUGUCUGGGUUGCACCUGAAUUCACAAAGGCUCUAGAGAAGGGGUAUCGUGUGGCCAAAAUCUUUGAAGUGUGGAACUUUUCCAGGAAAUCAGACACUCUUUUUAAAGAGUACAUCAAGACCUUCUUGAGAUGCAAGCAGAUGGCUUCAGGCUAUCCUUCAUCGGUCACAGAUCAAGAGAGCAAAGACAAGUACAUUCGAGACUAUCACGACAGAGAAGGCAUUCUUCUUGACCCUGACAGAAUAGAGGUCAACAAGACCAAACGAAAUGUGUCGAAAUUGUACUUAAACUCUCUUUGGGGGAAGCUUUCGCAGAGAUGCAAUAUGCUAACAACGUCGAUCAUUAAAGACCCCGAAGAAUUUUUGGAAUUUGUUUUUUCGGACCAAUACGAAAUUUCCCAUUUUUCAUUCUUGAGUCAAGACAUUGCCUUGGUGCAAUGGAGAUCAUUUACCAUGGCCUAUGGCCGACUUGAACUGUACGCCCUCAUAGAGCAGCUUCAGAGGAGGGUUCUUUACCAUGACACAGACUCUGUGGUCUAUGUAAGCAAACAGGGUGACUGGAGCCCCCCACUUAGCAACUAUCUGGGUGGUUUAACGAGUGAACUCAAAGAUGGCGACCAUAUCACAGAAUGGUCCUCCUGUGGGCCCAAAAGCUAUGCUUUUAGGACUAAAGACAAUCACGUGGUGUUGAAAGCCAAAGGCGUGACUCAAAACUACGAAAAUGCCCGCGUGUAA